GCAGACAACUGGGCGAACGGCACCGGCCAACCCCUUCGCGAAGCCACACGCCGGCGUUCCAGCCUUUUGUGCGGCGGCGGCCGGGGCCCGGCGGUGAGGGCGAACGGCUGCCCCCCCGGCCGCGCCCCGCCGCUCAGCCGUUGCCGGCAGCGGGCGGAGCGGAGGCGGGCGGGUUUGAAAGGGAGGCGCCGGCUGCCAUGUAAGCGCUGGCCGGGAGGCGCCGCGGCCGCUGGGGGCUGAGCUGGGAGCGGCCCCAGCCCUCCGUCCCGUCCCGUCCCGGCAUGGGAGCGGAGCGGGGCGGUGGGCGCGGAGCGGAGCUGCCGCGGGGCGCUGAGCGGGCCUGGGGGCGGCCCCCGGGGAGCCCCCGGCCCAUGGCCUUCAUCAUGAUGAAGAAGUUCAAGUUCCGCGUGGAGCUGGAGCUGGACGAGCUCUCCUCCGUGCCCUUCGUCAACGGCAUCCUCUUCUGCAAGGUGCGGCUGCUGGACGGGGGCAGCUUCAGCGGGGAGUCUUCCCGGGAGGUAGUACAGGCUAACUGUGUUCGCUGGAAGAAAAAGUUCUUAUUUAUGUGUAAAAUCAGUGCCAGCGCUACAACAGGGAUUCUGGAUACUUGCAUUUGCAGGGUGUCUGUACGGAAAGAGUUAAAAGGAGGAAAGGCCUAUGCAAAGCUGGGAUUUGCAGAUCUAAAUCUAGCAGAAUUUGCUGGAUCGGGAAAUACCACUCGUCGCUGUUUACUGGAAGGUUAUGAUACCAAAAAUACAAGACAAGAUAACUCCAUUCUCAAAGUUUUGAUCAACAUGCAGCUAAUGUCUGGAGACCCAUGCUUUAAAACGCCUCCUUCCACAGCAAUGUCUAUAGCAGUCGCUGGAGAAUCAGAAUCUUUGCAUGAGGACAGGAAAGGCGGAGAAAACUUAAAAGUAGUACAUCUGGGCAUUGCAGAUGUCUCAUCAAAGAGUGCCUCAGUCCCUGAUGAACUUGGUGCAUGUGGACAUUCCAGAACAUCAAGCUAUGCAAGUCAGCAGUCAAAACUGUCAGGAUACAGCACGUGUCACUCUAGAUCAUCCAGUCUGUCUGAACUCUGCCACAGGAGAACCACCUCAGGGGGUAGUACCUCCACAGGAAUUGGAAGUAUCCUAGAGCCAUGUGAACAGACUGAGCCAAAAGUAACUGAAGCUGAUAUUGAUACAUCUGUUAAAGAUGCACCAUCAGAAAAACUCUGCAGACAUCCUGUAAAACAAGACUCUGUGGAGUCACAGCUGAAGAGGGUCGAUGCUACCAGAGUUGAUGCUGAUGAUAUAGUUGAAAAAAUACUCCAGAGUCAAGACUUCAGUUUAGACUCAAGUGCAGAAGAAGAAGGUUUAAGAUUAUUUGUGGGCCCUGGUGGAAGCACUUCUUUUGGAAGCCAUCAUCUACCUAACAGAGUAGGAUCUGGAGCAUAUGAGCAGGUGGUGAUAAAACGCUAGACUAGAAUGACAAACAAGAGGAAAACUUGGAGCUCUGUCGUUGAUACUUGCGGUUUUGUUUGCUCUGUUGCAAGAGUUGUGAAAGCCAAGAUGAACUCAAUGGGAUCUUUGUUUUGAAAAAUAAUGGAAUGCCUCUUGCUCAUAGAGCUUCAUUUCUGUGGUAUGAAAACAAUGUUUAGCUAUGUAUACCUUGUGUGAUCUCUACCUGAUGUUAGCGGAACUACUUGCUUUUUAAGUUGUGUGAAACAUUUUUGGAAGGGUGAUGAAGUGAGUCUCACUUCAGUAUUUUAUACAGGACAUCACUUGCAGUGAUGUACUUUGUAGCUUCUUACCUAAAGAAGCUUCUAAAAGUUGGUCUUAAAUGAACCUGAAGAAGCUAAUUACUCAGUUUGAGUAAUUAGUCUUACAGGAGCUAAUUACUUCUAUCAAGUCAAAAUUAGUAUCAAGUCAAAAUUAGUAUCAAGCCAAAAUUAAGGCCUCCACCAAACAGCCCAACUAUGUGUUAACGUAACCAAAACCUUUUCUUAAGAGUACUGAGCAUGACAUUGUUGUAAUGCUGAACAGUAGAGGUGAACUUCACAUCCAUUUAAAAAAACUCCAACUAAAUAGAUCUAAACCAGCCACUAAUCAGUUGUGUUAACUGUAAAUGAAGUCUAGAGACUUAAAUGCAUCAAAUGUGAUUUCAUGCAAGUGACAUAAGAAGUGGGAUUCCACAACAAAAUACUAAGGCACAGUAGUGUCUUAUCAAGAAAGCUGGCUUGAUUGUUAAAUCUGGAGUUCAAAAGCUGCUGCCACAGAAACUCACUUCAAUAAUGCAUGAACCUUGAGAUUCAAUGGGAUGGUACUGUUUACAAACCUAGCCAGGAGUUUACUACCACUUAGAACUUUUUAUUGUAGAUUAAUCCUUCACAGGUAGUUAGUGCUUUGCUUGUGUUUUGAAUGUGCCUUGUGGGAUUGGGGAGGUAAAGGGAGAUAAAGGGAGACCAAACUAUUUACUAAGCAAUUUAAGCUUUAAAACUAGGUAAACAUCUAUAGUAUUAUCAAUAUAACUUAUUAAGAAAAGCACUUUAUUGUAGAUGUACUCUGCACUCUGAAAAAGUCUUACUGUGCAGCAGAUCUGUUGAACACUUCUUCCUUCACUAUCUGUCCACUGUUACUUUAAAGUCAAUGUACUGUAUUUAAAUUUGCACAAAUAGUGAUUUGCCUGACAGGCAAGAAAGAUGAAAGAUCUCUUAAAAUUUUAAUUGAGAAUUAUUAAAUAAUCCAUUUUUAAAGGGUUCUAAUUCAGGCUUGGCUCUGCUUUAUUUAAUUGUAAAUUGCAAAUAACUUUAAUUUUGUUAUGAUUCGUUGUAUUGUUUCUCAGUAAGGCUUGGAUUAAAUAAAAAUACCAAUAGUGUGGCCAUUUUUGAAAACUCUGAAUGCUUCAAAUUUUGCUCAAAGUGAUGUUUGACACCCUUUUAUUGACUUGUAAGUAGGCCAUAUUUAAUAGGCUUAAUUAGGAAAAGCAGGCUUUGUUUUCCAUAAAUCCAUAGUAGAAUUAUUAAACAAAUUUAUGUGUUUAAGAUCAUUUCAGAUUUUAAAGCUUAAGUAUUGUUAUUGAAUAUGAUUAACAUGAUCUAUUUCUCAGUUAUGGUACUUUAUUUUAUUUCCUAAUGCUAAUUGCAAUCUCUUUGAAGUGUUUUAAUGGGUAAAAUAAUAAAUACAAAGAUUAUAUGUUAGUUGCUGUUAAUAAAAGCAUGGUAUUAUCCAUUUCAGUCCUCCACAGGAAUUUUAAACUACGUAACUGCUAGUACACAGCUCACUCUCAGAACAUGAUAGUUUCUUUUCCUGUUAUAUAACUAAUUUUUACCAAAAAAAUCCUACUGCAAGCCACAAGAUGCAUGAAAUUUGUAUAAAUUAGUUGCUUUCAGUACUCCUUAGCACUGCUACACUUGUUGACAAAUCUAUUAAAACCAAUAGUAGUUAGAUGGUAGCUUACUUAAGUUUACUAGGAAAAACAGGCAUAAUUUAAGAAAAAAAGGAUUCUAAAAAACAUUGUACAGCUACGUAUGUAAUUCUUGAGGGAAUUUCCAUAGCCCAGAUUUGUAUUCUAUGUUAAAAGGCAUAGCUAACUGCCGUAGAUCAGAUAUUUUGUUUACUAGAAACCAAUUAUUUUCUUGCUUGAGCAGAUCUUUUAAAUAGGAGGGAUGUUUACAGGGAAAUAAAGCUUUUAAUAAAGCGUAUCCUAGUAAUUUAUUGUUCUUUGAGUUACAACUCUUUAUGAAGUGAUUCUCUAAUUGUGUAUAUUUUAAGUGGAAUAUAACCUUCAUAUUUAGAUAUAAUAUUUUCUUUUUUGUAAACUGUUACAAUACUACUAGAGACUCGUAUAGUAAACUGUUCAGGAUGUGUUGGUGGCUUUUGGUUGUUUGGUUUUUUUACUGUAUUUAAAUGCAGAUCUCUCAGACAUUCAAUAAACUCAUGUCUUCAGCUUGGAAUCUGUUUCUAAA